AUGGCACUUGCAGCUAUCUAUCAAGGGAUUCCAGAAGAUCUUCUACUAUCCUUGGCUGAGAAGAAAAUAGCAAAGGAAGCUUGGGAGGCACUAAAAACAAUGUUUGUAGGGGCAAAUAGGGUAAAGGCUGCAAGGAUUCAGACAAUGAAAACUGAAUUUGAGGCACUAAGUAUGAAGGAAUCGGAAAGUGUUGAUGAUUUUGCAGUGAAGGUGAUCAACACAAAACUGCUAAGAGCUGUGCCGCCUAAGUUUCUUCAAAUUGCCUUUACACUGGAGCAAUUUGGGGACUUAGAAACAAUGAGAGUCGAGGAGGUGAUUGGAAGACUGAAAGCCCAUGAAGAAAGGAUGAAAGGUCACAAAGAGAGUGAUGAAAGAAAACUUCUCCUGACUCAUAAGGAAUGGUCAGAGAGGAAUAAGAAGAAAACAGAUGGAGAAACCAAGCAAAAGUCAAAUAGGGGUAGUGUUGGAAACUCACACGGUCGAGGCAAAGGCAGAGGUAGGUCUGGUGGCCAUGGAGGUCGUGGUAGAGGGGGUCCAUAUCAUCAAAAGGAGGGGAAUCACCAAGCAUCUGGAUGUCAAGACAAGAGUGGAAUCCAAUGUUAUAAUUGUCAGGAGUUCGGACACUAUGUAGCAGAGUGUAAGAAUCCCAGAAGAGAAGGAAAUCAAGAGAACAAUUUGAUACAAGACCACCAUGACAAUGAACCUGCUUUGCUUCUGUAA